CCGGAGCCACACACAGGCACAGGUCUGCCAGGCCGCCACCAGCCCUGGUCCAGCCGUCAAGGCCCAUUCAACCGUCGGCGAUGUUUUAUUUCCACUGCCCGCCACAGCUAGAAGGCACGGCACCUUUUGGCAACCACUCUACAGGGGAUUUUGAUGAUGGGUUUCUUCGAAGAAAGCAGCGCAGGAACCGGACCACCUUCACUCUUCAGCAGCUGGAAGCUCUGGAGGCAGUCUUUGCCCAAACACACUACCCAGAUGUCUUCACCAGAGAAGAGCUAGCCAUGAAAAUAAACCUCACAGAAGCCAGAGUGCAGGUUUGGUUCCAGAACCGAAGAGCCAAAUGGAGGAAGACAGAGAGAGGGGCUUCUGACCAGGAACCAGGGGCCAAGGAGCCCAUGGCAGAGGUGACACCACCACCUGUGAGGAACAUCAAUUCUCCACCCCCAGGGGACCAGGCCCGGAGCAAGAAGGAAACCCUAGAGGCCCAGCAGAGCCUGGGACGAACAGUGGGCCCUGCUGGGCCUUUCUUCCCCUCCUGCUUGCCAGGGACACUCCUGAACACAGCUACCUAUGCCCAGGCCCUGUCACAUGUGGCAUCUCUGAAAGGGGGCCCACUGUGCUCUUGCUGUGUCCCAGACCCCAUGGGGCUCUCCUUCCUCCCCACUUACGGCUGCCAGAGUAACCGCACUGCCAGCGUGGCUGCCCUGCGCAUGAAGGCCCGAGAGCAUUCCGAAGCUGUCCUGCAGUCAGCCAACCUCCUGCCCUCCACCAGCAGCAGCCCCAGCCCCGCUUCCAAGCAGGCGCCUCCGGAAGGCAGCCAGGAUAAGACCUCCCCGACCAAGGAACAGAGUGAGGGCGAGAAGAACGUAUGAGAGUCCAAAGUGACCCAGCCUGGAGCCCUCCCCGCCCCUGCUUCUCUCAGCCUCCGCCCUGCAACUCUGAACCACAGGGAGUGGCCACCUCCUCCUGGAUCUGGCAGGGAAAGUGAGACCUGCAGCCAUUUGACGCCUGGAGAGUCACUCUAGAAUUCUGCCGGCGGGCUCUGGUUGUUCUGGCUUUUCUUGGUGACAGUUCCCAGUGGCUCUUAGUGGCGUUGGAAACUGCUCUGUGGUGAGGCCCUUGGGCUUUUUUGUUU